UCGACUCACAUUACACAUCAUAACCUGCUCCUGCUCCUCCCUUUCUUCUUCAUUUAUAAUCCUUCCUUUUCCUUUUUCCCCUCUCUCUCUCUCUCGCCAUCAUCAAGCUUCGGAAAAUGGCGGUUUCAGUAGCCAAGGUUGAUGAUUUUGUUCCCCACCCUGUCAAAGACCAGCUUCCAGGCGUAGACUUCUGCGUCUCCAGCUCUCCUCCAUGGGCUGAGGCUGUGCUUCUGGGAUUCCAGCACUACCUGGUUAUGCUGGGUACUACUGUAAUCAUAGCCUCCGUACUUGUACCUUUCAUGGGUGGUGGAAAUGUGGAGAAAGCUCAGGUUAUUAACACCAUCCUCUUCGUCUCCGCCAUAAACACACUUUUGCAGACUUGUUUGGGAACCAGGCUUCCGGUUGUAAUAGGCGGUUCUUAUGCCUUCAUCGUUCCCUCCAUUUCAAUUGCUUUGUCAACCAGAUUCAAUGUCUUUCUUGAUCCUCAUCAGAGGUUUAAACAGACCAUGAGAGCAGUACAAGGAGCACUGAUCAUAGCAUCUUUCUUCCAAAUGUUAGUUGGAUUUUUUGGUUUCUGGAGAAUCUUUGCCCGGUUCCUUAGCCCUCUUUCUGCUGUUCCUCUUGUUGUUCUCACUGGACUUGGACUCUAUGCACUUGGUUUUCCUCAAUUGGCAAGAUGCGUUGAAAUUGGACUACCAGCAUUAAUUGUACUGAUUAUUUUAUCUCAGUAUCUUCCCCAUGUGUUGAAAUGCAAAAGAUUGAUAUUAAAUCGACAUGCUGUCCUUCUUUCGGUUAUUAUAGUAUGGGCAUAUGCAGAAGUCUUGACAGCAGCUGGUGCAUAUGAUAAGAGACCUCCAAACACUCAAAUUAGUUGCAGAACUGACCGUGCCGGGCUAAUCAGUGCUGCUCCAUGGAUAAGGGUUCCUUAUCCAUUACAGUGGGGGCAGCCUAGUUUUAAUGCUGGUGAUGUUUUUAGUAUGAUGGCUGCAUGUUUUGUUUCCAUUAUUGAGUCUACUGGUACGUUCAUUGCAGCAUCAAGGUAUGGAAGUGCCACUCCUGUGCCACCUUCUGUGCUUAGCCGUGGUAUUGGGUGGGAGGGAGUAGGUGUUUUGUUGGACGGAUUAUUUGGGACAGGAAAUGGUUCAACUGCUUCUGUAGAAAAUGCGGGUCUUUUGGGUUUAACGCGAGUUGGAAGUAGAAGGGUUGUUCAAAUAUCAGCAGCAUUCAUGUUUUUCUUCUCUGUACUAGGUGGAAUACUUAAAAUUAGCUUCAAUUUUUUUUAG